CGCGGCGUGAAACAUUUCGUGGUUCGGCUUUCGAUCUCUUCCCUCCAUCUCCACGACAAGAGCCAGACGAUUGAUCUUUCCAGCAUCAUCAAUCAAUCAAUCGCCCACCAUGGCCCCCUCCCAGCUCCCCCCGGUUUUCAACCCUACCUCGCAGGACAUUGAGAUGCUCCUUGCUGCUCAGUGCCACCUCGGUUCCAAGAACCUCCAGGUGCACAUGGAGCCCUACCUCUGGAAGACCCGUCCCGAUGGUGUCAACGUUCUCAACAUCGGCAAGACCUGGGAGAAGAUCGUUCUGGCCGCCCGUAUCAUCGCCGCCAUCGACAACCCCGCCGAUGUCUGUGUCAUCUCCGCUCGUCCCUACGGCCAGCGCGCUGUCCUGAAGUUCGCCGCCCACACCGGUGCCACCGCCAUUGCUGGUCGCUUCACCCCCGGUAACUUCACCAACUAUAUCACCCGCUCUUUCAAGGAGCCCCGUCUCAUCAUCGUGACCGACCCUCGCACCGAUGCCCAGGCCAUCAAGGAGGCCAGCUACGUCAACAUCCCCGUCAUUGCCCUUUGCGACACUGACUCCCCCACCGACUUCGUCGAUGUUGCCAUCCCUACCAACAACAAGGGUCGUCACGCCAUCGGUCUCGUCUGGUGGAUGCUCGCCCGUGAGAUCCUCCGUCUCCGCGGCACCCUUGCCACCCGUGAGACCGAGUGGGACACCGUUGUCGAUCUCUACUUCUACCGCGACCCCGAGGCCGAGGAGAACAAGGAGAUUGCUGACGAGACCAAGGUCGCCAGCGCCGAGGAGGUUGGCCCCGGUGCCAUCGAGUCUGGCUUCGCUGGUGAGAACUGGGAUGCUUCCGCUCCUGGCGCUGGCAACCCCGGCACUGCCUUCGCUGCCGCUUCCGCCGCUGUUGGUGCCACCUCCUGGGAGGCCGAUGGUGCUGACUGGGCUGCCAGCUCCGCCCCCCAGGGUGGUGAGUGGGCCGCUGAGUCUCAGCCCGCCGCUGCGCCCGCCUCCGGCGAGGCCAAGUGGUAAAUACCAUAAUGGUGGUGACGAGGAUAGGCGUUGAAGGGGGAGAUAUUUGAUCUCAACUUCAAAAGUCAUGCUGGAAUUACUGUAACGAUUACUCAUGUCCCCGCAAAAGGGCACGAGGAACGAGGGGAAAAGCUCUUGUCUGUUCUUUUACGUUCGAUCCCGUUGGCAACAAUGGGAUUCACACCACUUUCCCGCAAAAAAGCCCUUGACAUGUCUAUCCUAGUUUCUGUCAAAUGAUUCAAAAAGCAAGAAACUGAAAAAAAGCAGAAGAAAAACGAGCUUUCACCGGGAACCUUCCAGUCCUUUUGCAUCAGUGGCCUCAAUCUUUUUUACCAGCACAAUUCUUUAUUUCGAUUUCAUGUUUUGUCGCAUCGGGGAGGAAUAGCGAUGACAACCAUUGACCUGGCGCUUAUGAGGGAAAGAGAUCCAGUUGCGUUCUGUAACUGGGGGAAAGCCCUGUGCUGUCAAUCAAACAAGGUGGACUUAAUCGUUACCUUGGUUUCUCCCUGUAUGUUUAAUCUAGUAAUCGGAAAGAAGGUUGUGCUCGGUUACAUUAUGGUCACGUAGUAUCAAUCCCCUUGUAGUCACUGUUUUGAUAAUCAGCUCGAUAACUAGAUAUUGUACUUGAUCGAGUAUGGUAGGCCGCACGAUAGUUGGGUACAAAAACUGUAGCGCUACAAAGAAGGAUAUCCACCUUUCGAAACCCCUCGACCUAGAGCGAUGCGUCGUGGAGGUCUAUAGGAGACUAGACA